AUGUCGAUGCUCGUGCGCCUGUGUUCCGGGAGCGCGCGCUUCCUCGCCCGCGCUCGACCCCGCGCGUCGAUGGGCGCGACGGUAUCGAGAUGGGGCGCCACCGCCGACGGGGGCGAAUCGCGCCCGCCGACCGAUGUCUGCGUCCGCCCUGACAGCAUCGCGGGUUCAGCCCCGCGGCGGUUCACCACGAUGAGGUCGCGCACGGACGGCAUGUUCGACGCUUUCAAAUCUUGGGCGGCGGGCAAGGCGAUGGGCCAGUUCGACAUGCCCGAGAACUUCUCCAUCGGGGACUUUGCCAAGCUCGCGCGAAAGAUGAAAACCGAGGGCGCCGCGUCGGCGAUGGCGGCGGCGAAGGGUCCGCUGGACAUGCUCGACCUGAGCGCGGACCAGAUCGAUGCCAUCUCCGAGGCGAUGACGGAGGAGGAGAGGAACGACCCCGGGAUGCUGUCGCCCCCGGACUGGCGUAAGGUUGCGCAGCGGGUCCCUGCGCGUUUUAACAUCCAGGGGAAGGACGUGGCAAACGUGAUACACACCUCCGCGAUGCUGCGGGUGGUGAUGAACCGGGUGUCGAGCGCGUUGAAGGGGGGUUCGAAGACCCCGACGUCGCCCGAGGAGUUCGCGCAGCUCGUGGCCGAGUCGCAACGGACGUCUUCCGUCGCACACGCGCCAACGCCCAUCCCCGACGUAUCCACCAUGAUCGAGAAGAUCGACUUCACGAAGAGCGGCGCUACGAAUGAGGCGCGGCAGUACGCCGAGACCAUCACCCUGGAGAUGUGCAAGCACACCGCCAAGGCGUGCGGCUUCAUCACGACCGGGGAGGACAAGGACCCCGUAAACGUGUCUGGCAGCGACGAGGAAGCCUGGCAGCAACGUGUCAAGCGCAAGAAGCAAACGGACCUCAACCAGUUCUUCUUUACCCUCGGCGUCGCCUCCCUAUCGGGUCUCAGGCGCAGGUUCUACUCGGAGAAGCUCCCCGAGCCUUUUCCGGGUCUGACGCCGCUGCUGCACGACAGGGCGUCGAGGAUCCAGGCGCCAGUUUUCACCCUCACGCGCGACUGGCCAGCCAUGGUCGAGAAGAUCGACUUCACGAAGAGCGGCGCGACGGACGCGGCGCGGGAGUACGCCGAGACCAUCACCCUGGAGAUGUGCAAGCACACCGCCAAGGCGUGCGGCUUCGUCGAGAAGGACGCGGUCCCCUGCCAAAACAACGCCAAGUGGAAGGACAAGCGCACCGCCCUACAAGCGAUGUUCUUCACCCUCGGCGUGUCAUCUCUGACUGGUUUUAAGCGGAGGUUCUACUCGGAGAAGCUCCCGGAGCCUUUCCCGGGUCUGACGCCGCUGCUGCACGACAGGCCCGGCGGCGCCGUGACCAAACCCGACGAUUGGUACAAGUUAUGGGCCGCGGUGCAGCAGGUGACAACCGGCGACGUUCCCGGCGAGAAGCCGCUCUGGGCUAAGACCGGCGGCCUGGACUUCGACGGCAGGGACAGGUGGGAGGCCCACAAGUCCCUCAAGGGCCAGUCCACGGAGGAGGCCAAGCUCACCUUCGUCCAGGCGUGGGGCAGGGCCAACAGCAAGGAGCGCGAGAGGAUCAACUUCAGGCCCACGUGA